AUGGUCUGUUUCAUACAUUAGUACCCUUCUUCUUCCUCCAUUAUUAUUCUACCACUACACUACAACAAAAACAUACCGAAUAAGAUAAUGAUUUUCAGGAUUAAUCAUCCACCAUUUCUGUUCUUUUUCUUUCUUUUUCUGCUUCCGUCAUUUAAAGUUGCAGAAAUUAUUACACCAGGUUCAAUUCUUUUUGCCUCCAACACAGGCCAAUCUUGGACUUCUGAUAACGAAACUUUUUCACUUGGUUUUAUCCCUCUUAACCCGCAAACUUCUCCUCCAUCCUUUCUUGCUGCCAUUUCUUAUUCUGGUGGUGUCCCCAUAUGGUCUGCAGGUACUACUCCUGUUGACGUAUCUGCUUCUCUCCAUUUCCUCUCCACAGGAACUCUCCGCCUCCUCAAUGGUUCUGGUCACAUACUCUGGGACUCUAACACAGAGAAACUUGGAGUGUCCUCUGCUUCACUUGAAGAGAAUGGAAAUUUAGUUCUCAGAAACGGUAAUGCAGCUGUCUGGUCAAGCUUUGAUAACCCUGUUGAUACAAUAGUCCCAACUCAGAAUUUCACAGUUGGUAAGGUUUUACUAUCUGGGGUUUACUCUUUUAGUCUUCUUAGCUUUGGUAACAUAACUCUGAGAUGGAAUAACAGUAUUACGUAUUGGAGUGAAGGUUUGAAUUCUUCAUUCAACAGUGGGAAUACUAGUUUAACUUCUCCAAGUUUAGGAUUGCAAACUGUUGGAACUCUUUCUCUUUUUGAUCAAACUUUGCCUGCGGUUGGAGCAGUUAUGGUUUAUAGUGAUGAUUAUGCUGAAGGAGGUGAUGUAUUAAGGUUUUUAAAACUAGAUAAUGAUGGGAAUUUGAGGAUUUAUAGCUCUGAAAGAGGGAGUGGGACGCAAACAGUGAGAUGGGCAGCUGUUGAAGAUCAGUGUAGAGUUUAUGGAUACUGUGGCGAUAUGGGAAUUUGUAGUUAUAAUGCUACUGGUCCACUUUGUGGUUGCCCGUCUCAAAACUUUGAUCUAGUUGAUCCAAAUGAUAGUAGAAAAGGGUGUAAGAGGAAAAUGGAGUUAGAGGAUUGUCCAGGGAAUCUGACAAUGUUAGAUUUGGAGCAUACACUGCUCUUGACAUAUCCUCCACAAAGCAUUUUUGCUGGUGGUGAAGAAUCAGAGGUUUUCUUUGUGGCUGUAUCAGCUUGUAGAUUGAAUUGUCUAAGGGAUGCGACGAGUUGUGAAGGUUCUACUCUGUUGUCUGAUGGCUCAGGCCAGUGUUACCUUAAAAGGCCUGGCUUUCUUACUGGUUACUGGAAUCCUGCGCUUCCUUCCACUUCACAUAUUAAGGUUUGCCCGCCGGUUAUUCCAAAUCCAUUACCGUCAUUGCAGGUUUCUGGAGAGAACUAUGGUUGGAAAGUUCAAGGUUGGGCUUUAAUCGUCGAGGGAGUAGCUAUUGUUUUAGGUUUGGUCAGCUUGGAAGUUGGUCUGUGGUUUUGGUGUUGUAGAAACAGCUCAAAAUCUGGAGGUCAAUCUGCGCAAUAUGCACUUCUUGAGUAUGCUUCUGGUGCUCCAGUCCAGUUUUGGUACAAAGACCUUCAAAGCGCAACAAAAGGGUUCAAGGAGAAGCUAGGAACUGGAGGAUUUGGGAGUGUGUACAAAGGGGUUCUCGUUAAUGGAAUGGUAGUUGCAGUGAAACAACUUGAAGGAAUUGAACAAGGUGAGAAACAAUUCAGAAUGGAGGUUGGUACUAUAAGCAGCACUCACCAUUUGAACUUGGUGAGACUAAUUGGUUUUUGUUCUGAAGGGCGACACAGAUUGUUAGUAUAUGAGUUUAUGAAAAAUGGAUCUCUCGAUCAAUUUCUUUUCAACACAGAUAAUAAUCAAAUGGGGAAACCGUUGAAUUGGGAGCAAAGGUUUAACAUUGCCCUUGGCACAGCCAAGGCGAUCACAUACCUUCACGAGGAGUGUCGUGACUGCAUUGUUCAUUGUGAUAUAAAGCCUGAAAAUAUUCUCUUGGACGAGAAUUACACUGCCAAAGUCUCCGAUUUUGGACUCGCAAAGCUGAUCCAUUCCAAGGAGCAUAGGUACAAGACGUUGGCAAGCAUAAGAGGCACUAGGGGAUAUUUAGCACCAGAAUGGAUUGCAAAUCUUCCAAUAACAUCAAAAUCUGAUAUUUAUAGUUACGGCAUGGUUUUGUUGGAGAUAGUGAGCGGAAGAAGGAAUUUCGAAGUGUCUGCAGAAACAAAUAUGAAAAAGUUUUCUGUGUGGGCUUAUGAAAAGUUUGAGAUAGGUAAUGUCGAGGGAAUUGUUGACAGAAGGUUAGCUGACCAAGAAGUGGAUAUGGAGCAAGUAAAGAGGGCAAUUCAAGUCAGCUUUUGGUGCAUCCAGGAGCAACCCUCUCAGCGGCCAAGGAUGGGAAAAAUUGUCCAGAUGCUAGAAGGGAUUGCAGAGAUUGAUAGGCCGCCUGCCAUUGUGGCAAAUCCUGAAGGGUCUAGUAGUGAGACUAGUUUGUGCUUGAGCAGCAAUAUAAGCAGCGUCUCCCAGGCAGCCUCGGCACCUGAUCCUCCCUCAUCUUCAGCAUUCCAAGCAGAACGGUUUUCAACUUUCGCUUCGGAUAAGAAUUCGGAAAAGGCAUCUUCUUCUCUUUUGUUUCCAAGAAACUAAUCUGAAUUCGUUUCAUUGGUUUUUUUUUUUUUUUCAUUAUAAUAAUAGUUUGAAUUUGUAAUUAGAAUUGAUUAUGACAAUGCGCCUGAACCUGGAGCUGGACACCGCCUGAUUAAUUAGUUAAACUAAAAAAAAAAAACAAAGAAGAAUUGAUUAUGACAAUAAAAAUAAAUACUGAUAAAUAUUGCAACAUUAAGCAAAUCAAGUAAAAGGAUUCCUAACUUCAUAUGCAUAUUUACAUCAAAGUCACAUUAAUAAAAAUCACUCGUAAUUCUAUAGCCUGGAGGUGUCA